GUGAUGGAGUUCACCUGGCGCUUUAGGCCGCGGAGUCGGUUGUAGAGGUUGAGGUGGAGCCCGCGGUGGGGGAAGAUGGAAGCGUGGCGCUGUGUGAGGAGGGGCUACGGCCGCUGUGUGAUGGGGAGAGGCCGAUACCCCAUGUUUUCCCAUCACUCGAAGAGUCUGAGCAGAGACUGGAGUACACCGUGGGAGAAUCUGCAAAGGUGUUGCUGGAACAGACAUAUUUCUAGUUGUAUGAGGUGGCCUGGACAUUAUUCUCGUGCUCCUUACCCAUACUUCAGUAGUAGGCAUUUUUCACUAAACUGGAGACCACCUUGUUUGUUUGAGUCUAGAACACAGUUUCAGUACAGUAACUGGAGACCUGACAACCUGAGCCAGACAUCUUUGAUUCAUCUCUCUAGUUACGUCAUGAGCUCUGAGGGAGAUGAGCCUUCAUCAAAACGAAGAAAACACCAAGGCACAAUAAAACGGAAUUGGGAAUAUAUAUGUAACCAUAAUAAAGAAAAAACGAAGAUCCUAGGAGACAAGAAUGUUGACCCCAAAUGUGAAGACAAUGAGAACAACUUUGACUUUUCAGUGAUGUCCUAUAAUAUACUUUCACAAGAUUUGUUGGAAGAUAAUUCACACCUUUAUAAACACUGCCAGAGGCCAGUAUUACACUGGAGUUUUAGGUUUCCAAAUAUUCUGAAAGAAAUUAAACACUUUGAUGCAGAUGUACUUUGUUUGCAAGAAGUUCAAGAAGAUCAUUAUGGAACAGAGAUCAGGCCAAGUUUGGAAUCAUUGGGUUAUCACUGUGAAUAUAAGAUGCGAACAGGAAGGAAACCUGAUGGCUGUGCCAUUUGCUUCAAACAUUCCAAAUUUUCCCUUAUAUCAGUGAACCCAGUGGAAUUCUACCGACCUGAUAUUCCUUUGUUGGACAGAGACAAUGUUGGAUUAGUUUUACUCUUGCAGCCCAAAAGUCCGUGUGCUGCCUCUCCUGUGAUCUGUAUAGCUAAUACACAUCUGUUGUAUAAUCCAAGGCGAGGUGAUAUUAAGCUGACCCAAUUGGCAAUGCUACUGGCAGAGAUUUCCAGUGUUGCCCAUCAGAAAGAUGGCAGCUUCUGUCCUAUUGUUAUGUGUGGUGACUUUAAUUCUGUUCCUGGUUCUCCACUCUAUAGUUUCAUAAAGGAAGGAAAAUUGAAUUAUAAAGGACUUGCCAUAGGAAAGGUAUCUGGCCAGGAACAGUCUUCACGGGGACAAAGAAUUUUAUCUAUUCCAAUUUGGCCCCCAAACCUAGGUAUCUCACAGAACUGUGUGUAUGAGGUACAGCAGGUACCAAAAGUAGAAAAGACAGACAGUGAUCUGACACAAACAGAGCUGGAAAAAACAGAGGUCCUAGUGACAGCUGAAAAAUUAUCUUCAAAUUUACAGCACCAUUUCAGCUUGUCAUCUGUUUAUUCACAUUACUUUCCUGACACUGGAAUUCCAGAAGUGACCACCUGUCAUUCCCGAAGUGCCAUAACUGUGGACUAUAUUUUCUACUCUGCAGAAAAGGAAGAUGUUGCUGAGCACCCAGGAGCUGAAGUUGCUUUGGUUGGUGGCUUGAAACUUCUAGCUAGACUGUCACUUCUUACAGAACAAGACUUAUGGACUGUUAAUGGACUUCCAAAUGAAAAUAACUCUUCAGAUCAUCUGCCUUUAUUGGCUAAGUUCAGACUUGAACUCUGAUUCUUCUUUGAUUGCAUUCAUAAUUUUCUUUCCAAUGUAUAUGCUUUUCAAAGAAUGUAAAGUUGUUUUUGAGUGUCUGCAUGUUUAUUUUUGCGCUGUGGAGCUUUUGAAGAGGUUGUGUUAAAUGCUUGAAACAGAUAUCAGAAGAAACAAGUUUACAAUAAUUUUCUUUUUUAAUAAUGAAAAAUAUUUUCAUGACAAGUGAGAUCUAGAUACUCUUUAUCAUAAAAGAGAUGUAAGUAUUUUUUAUUGUAAGUCCCAGUAAAAUUGACAAUGAUUUUUAAAUAUAGUGCAUCAUUCUUAUAGUAAAGAAUUUCAUUUUGUGUUUUUGGUAAGCUUUACAGUGGGUCCAGAAUAUCUUUGAGUUCUUGCAAAUCACAACUUGUUGCCUUUCCAGAAGGUCCGAUGUCAUUGGGAUAACUCUGUUUAGUCCUAAUUAGUUCAUCUCAGAAAUCAUUAGGUCAUUCACAGAUGUCCAGUAAUUUUAGCUUAUUUUUAAAGCAGCUUGAUAAUACAUUUUAAAUUAUACAGAAUGCUUAAUCCAUCUUAUUACUGUCCUGAGCCAUGCCUGCAUUUUGUUGGGGAAAUGUUUGGGACACACAGGUCACCAUAACUAGGAAGAGGACAAGGUGCUUUAUGUAAGCUCACUCUUGUAACAAACAGAGGUGGGCCCGAGAGAGGCAGAGACUUUGGGGAUAUGCCUUUGUUUCCCUAGCAUUUUUUUUCUAAUUAGUUUGAAGAAAAGAUCCCUGGGUUGGGGGAGAAAUUUUAUUUUACUGAACCAAUUCUGUAGAAAUUUAUUUUAUUAGGGGAAUUGUCUUUGGAACAAAGUUGGCAGCUAUAAAAUUAUUUUUGUUACGCCUCAGAAAUGGGAGGAAGCCUGUAAAACUCUAGCGUGGAGAUACCAACUUAGAGCCCUAAUCCUCUUGAAGUAGUCAUUUUAACUGUUGGUUUUAGUGAGUUUGUUUCUAAAAUGUUUUACUUUCUUUUACAAUGAUGCACCAGUGUGAGAUGGUGCUGACAUUUUUUAUGAAGUGGUUACAAGCAGAUUUAAUAAAUCCUGUAGUUGGCUUUAUGAAAGGGUUUGGGUCAAAACUUUCAAAACAUAAAAAGUGGAAAUGUUCUCCUUUUUAGAGAGUAGAAUCAAA